AUGAAGCAUGGCAAGCUGACCUGUCAUCAGGAAGAGUACCGACCAAUCAUUUUCAUCGCGCAUAGUUUAGGUGGCCUGGUUCUCAAGCAUGCCCUUACCGAGGAAGCACAAGGCGACUCUAGAGACAGGGCCGUUUUUCGAUCAUCCUACGCGGCGUUAUUCUUCGGAGUGCCAAAUAGAGGCCUUCUGAACUCUCACUUAAUCUCGAUGGUGCGAGGUCAGCCAAACGCGCAACUCGUGAGAGAUCUUGGGGAAGCUUCACAGUUUCUCCCACAGAUACAUCGAGAAUUUCAGCGUCUAUUUAUUUUUGAGGAUGCCAAGAUAUUUUCGUUUUACGAGUCGAAGGAUACCCGGUCGGUCGUGUAUAACCCGAUGACGAUGAAGUAUGAGAGGACAGGUCCGCUUGUACGGAUGGUUACGCGCGACUCUGCGACAUACUCGGGUCCAAAUGAAAAGAUCUAUCAGAAAAUCAACAUCGACGCUGACCACUCAGGUAUUGUCAAGUUCGGAAGCCGUUCAAACUUUGAUUAUAUGACGGUCAGGAGUAAGAUCAGGGAGUGUCUUGAGGAGGCACCACGGGCCAUUAGGGCGCGGUUCCCGGAUCAGAGAGAAAAAAGCUCCGAAGAGAAACAAUGCCUCCGUUCCCUCCUCCCAGGCAACAAUAACCCGACCCCGAAAACACCAAGAGCAAGACUUCACCCAGGGACUUGUGAAUGGCUACUUGGAGAGGAAACAUUCAAUGACUGGCAUCUCUCCGAAAAAGACUCUUCUAGAUUCCUCUGGAUCCACGGAAAUCCUGGAACGGGAAAGACAGUUCUCAUGAACUUUCUGCGAGAGCAGUUGGCCACCGACUCGAAAUCACGUAUCGCUUACUUCUUCUGCAACGACAAGGACGUCCACAACCGCACAGCGGUGGCGGUGCUGAAGUCCUUGCUGUAUCAGCUGCUGCAUCAGAACCCGGGAUUUUUCCAGCAUAUCCUCCCAGAAUAUGAGAAAUUCAGGUUGGAUAAGGAAACGAAUUGGUCUGCUGCCGCGCUAUGGAGUGCCUUCCAUAAUAUAGUCAUUGAUCCGGCCGCAGAAUCGGUGUACUGCGUUGUUGACGCCCUGGAUGAGUGUCUUGAUGAUCAGGGUGGAAACGACUACCGCAGGUCGGAUCUGCUCCGCGACCUACAUGAUCUAUACCUUUCUCAGUCAUCAUCACAGUGUACAGCACGAAUUGUACUGAGUAGCCGCCCUCUUCCGGCAAUUCAAUCGUUGUUACCAAAUAUCAGUCUUGUCAUCCGCCUUGAAGACUUUAAUCGCUCAGACAUAGGCCAGUAUAUCUCAGAUGAGGUCGACAGACUAGCUAUCAAGGGCAAAUAUCCCCCUGGCCUGAAGGUGGAGGUUCAAAAAACCAUUGAAGAAAUGUCUGGUAAUAUGUUCCUUUGGGUUUCCUUGACCGUGAACGACCUGAGCAAACGCCGCACCAUCAAAGAAGUCCGCCAUCUCCUGAAUACCGUCCCGCGGACAUUAUUCGCAUAUUACGAAUGUAUUCUCGCGAGUAUCAGCAGCGAAAACAGCGAUCGAGCGAAAGUUCUUCUUAUGUGGAUUGCGCAUGCUGCCACGCCGAUAAGGCUCGAAGAGCUGGCCCUAGCGAUUGCGGUCAGAGAUGACGCUCGGUCAAUCGCUGAAAUUGAGGAAGAUAUGCCAUUGAAUAUCGAGGAUCAUAUAAUGGAACUUUGCAGCCAUUUGGUUGAAAUUGUAGACACCUACGUUGUGCUCAUUCACCAGAGUGUCAAGGAAUUUUUAAUGACCGCCGGUGAGCGCGUGGGGUUGGACAGUCCUCCUUUCGAGCCACGCUACCACAGGAUAUACCACGUACCGUUGCAGGAAGCAAGCUCUAAACUCACCAGAACAUGUAUAACAUAUCUUACGUUUAUCAACCAUACACAAAGACCGCCUGCUAUCGAUGUUUCGGAGUGCCCCGUGUUGGGCUGGCCCAUUCAUGCCCGUCUCAGCGCCCCACUCGACGACAAAACUAAACAUGUCUUUCCUAAAUUCUUAGACAUCAACAGCGCCCACUUUAGCGUGUGGAUGAAAUACUACUGGGAUUUACAUUUGGCGGGGGAAAGCUUCGAAGGUGAAAUUCAGAGCCAUAUCCAGCCUCUAUACGUUGCCUCGCUCCUGCAUAUCACACCUCUUGUGAAACUGCUUUUAGAGGAUGGUGCCGAUGUGAACAACCAGGGAGGAACGUAUAUCAACGCACUGCAAUGCGCAGCAUCUAAUGGGGGCAGCAUAGAUAUAGUAGAGAUCAUUGUGGGGGAAGGAGCAGAUGUGAAUGCGUAUGGCGGAUUUCACGGAACAGCGCUGAUGGCAGCAUCCUUUAGUGGCAACAUAGAAGUGGUCAAAUUUCUCUUGGUAUGCGGUGCCAAAACCGAUCUAGUGGGUGGAAAGUUCGGCGAUGUCCUUCAAGCGGGAGCAUGGCGGGGAAACCUCGAUAUCAUAAAGUUAUUAUUGGAUAGUGGGGCCAGUAUCAACGUGCUGGGAGGGGAAUUUGGUAAUCCAUUACUUGCGGCAGCUUGGUCGGGCCAUCCUGACGUUGUUGAAUUCCUUCGGGAUCAGGGGUUGGACGCAAAUAAUCGCGGUCGACUAAAUCGUUUUCCACUUCAGGCCGCAGUUAGGAGAGGCCACACAAUAGUGAUACAAAAGCUUUUACAAAGAGGUGCAGAUGUCAAUCUGAAAGGAGGGGUUCACGGGAGCGCUUUACAUGCUGCGAUCAUUGCGGACGAUACAAAGCUUGUACAGCUAUUGGUCGACGCCGGAGCUGAUGUCAAUAUGCCAAACCGGAAACAUGGGCCUCCCUUGCAUACCGUAGUUCUUCGGGGUUUGGGCGGGGCGGUGCGGACUCUUGUAUCCGCUGGAGCUUCAACUACCGCGCGAAAUUUGAAGAAUCAGACCCCGUUAGAUCUAGCGAUCGAGCAAGGUCAUAUAAGCAUAGAAAAUCUUCUGCGGGGGCUGGAUGUGAAUAUAGGAAUGGUGAAUAAAGGAAUGGAGAGCUUGGAGGAAAAUCUGGUCGUUUUAGAUUGA